AUGGCCUCCACGACAGACUCCCGACCCACCCUCUCUGACUCUUCGCCGAGCAGCGGCUCUGCUGCUGCAGGUGGCGCCAAGAUUACCAACAUAACAAAUAAUUCCUCGAGCGCCAGUUUGCCGCCAUCUUCGGGCGGUGCAUCAUCGUCGCCGAUUAAUGCUGCUACACGCAAUGGCAGCCAGGCUGCAGGAGCGCCGCCUUCGGCUGGCAACGCGCCCGUGACCAAGGUGUCGCCUGGCGGAGGCCAACCAUUCGGUGGCCCCAAUGCCAGCAGCAACCAUUUCAACUUCUUCGACUCCAAUGCCUCCUUCGGUUCGUUCGGUUCGCUCGAAUCUGCCUCGGCCCUGCCCUCGCUCCCGUCGCUCCUCGAUUCCAAGGACAAGGCCGCCCUUGCCGCCGAAUCCCAUCGCGAUGCCACCGUAACAUCGACCUCGCGCGGUGGUGGCCCCGCCCCGCUCGACAACGGGCGCCUCGUCCCCCCGCCGCCCUCCAGCACCCAGGCCUCCGCCGCCGGUGGGCGCCAGGGUGCGCCCGCCCCCGCUCAGCAGUCGCGGCCCGCCCAGCAGUCCGCCGGCCCCGCCGCCGCAGCCCCUCAGCAUGGCCGACCCGUCGCCCGCGGCCAGCCCGUCCCCCAGCAGCCACCGCAGCCGCAGGCCCAGGCCCAGCAGCAGGCCCCGCAGCCACAGCAGCAGCAACCGGGUCCGCAGGGCUCGCCGCCGGGCCAGCAGUCGAACGCGCUCGUGUCGACGCAGUCGCCGGAGAACAAGCGGAUCAUCAACCCCGUGACGGUGCCCAACGGCCAGAACUUUGUCGACAUCACGGAGUACCUCAACAUGCCGCAGUCGGAGGCGGCCAAGAAGCUGGGCAUUCCGCCGUCGACCCUGAGCAAGCGGUGGAAGGAGGCCGUGCGCAACCGCAAGUGGCCGUGGCGCGUGGUGUGCAAGCUCGACAAGGAGAUCAUGACCCUGCUCCACAACGUGCCCCAGGGCGCACCCAUUCCCGAGGAGAUCGAAGGCCGGCUCGGCUACCUGAUGAGGAAGCGGCAGGAGGAGCUCAAGCCCGUCGUCAUCCGACUCUGA